GUAAUAUAUCCAGAAACUUAUUCCAACGAAUUUUAGUACCCAAUCAAUCCAUAGCAGCCGCUGACCUUUGUAUUGGCCAAGAUUUACGCCACCGCCUCCCGUCAGCCACCGCCGGCCGACCCUCUUUAUGCACGUAUGCAAAUUGCCUUUCGUAUUUGUUAAGGUUGCAUUUCUAGGUUCGAUUCCCCUGUCCGAAGGUUAAUUUCUUUCACCCGUAGAUACACCUUUGUCCAGACAUUCGAUUAUAUUUCUGAAUUCUUUACUGUUAAUAAUCGAUGUACAUCGUGGAUAUUUUCAUAGACAAUGCCUCCUCCAUUGACAUCUUAUUCAUUCACUAGCGGUGCAGAAUUUCAUACACAAAAUCCAACCCUAACCCUAAUUCCAGGACUCCCGGACGAUUUAGCAACCUUGAUUCUUGCUUUUCUUCCGUUCUCUCAUCACGGGCGACUCAAAUCCAUUUGUAAAUCAUGGAAACAGUUUUUCUCAUCGAGAACCCUACGCUCAAUCCGCCAUAAACACAUCCCUCUCUUAAAACGCUCUCACAUCCUCUGUAUCUUCCCUCAAGACCCUUCCAUUUCUUCGCCUUACCUAUUCGACCCCCAAAAUCUCGCCUGGUGUUAUCUUCCUCCGAUGCCAUGUAAUCCUCACGUAUAUGGUCUCUGUAAUUUCACAUCUGUUUCUCAUGAUUCUCGCCUGUAUGUACUUGGUGGGUCCCUAUUUGAUACCCGAUCAUUCCCGCUGGAUCGCCCAUCCCCUUCUUCUGCGGCUUUCCGAUAUGAUUUUGUGACACAAAGUUGGGAUUCUCUUCCUCCCAUGCUUUCACCUCGUGGGAGCUUUGCCUGUGCGGCAAUCCCUAAUACUGACCGGAUUCUUGUGGCUGGCGGUGGGUCCAGGCACACCAUGUUUGGUGCUGCGGGAAGCAGGAUGAGCUCUGUGGAGAUGUAUGACAUUAGGAGGAAUGAAUGGGUGGCAUUGGAUGGAUUGCCCAGGUUUCGAGCAGGCUGUGUUGGGUUUAUGGUGGGGAAUGUGGAUGAAGAGAAGGAAUUUUGGGUUAUGGGUGGGUAUGGCGAGUCAAGGACAAUUCUGGGUGUUUUUCCUGUAGACGAGUAUUACAGGGAUGCAGUGGUGAUGCAGUUGAAAAAUGGUGGGGUUGGGAAGUGGAGAGAGCUUGGGGAUAUGUGGGAAGAAGGAGAGAGGAGGCAGCUUGGAAGAAUUGCAAUUGUUGAGGAUAUCAAUGGAGGUUCUCCUGGAAUUUUCAUGCUCGACAAGAAUGAUAUAUUCAGGUAUGACAUGGCUUCAAACCACUGGUGGAAGGAAACCAGUGUGCCAAAAAGAGCAGCAGAUGAGUCAUCAAUGGGGUUCACUGCUCUAAACAGUGAGCUGCAUGUUAUGGUCCUUUACAAUGGAGCUGAUUCAGCAGAGAACCGAAGGUUGAGACGCAAUAAAAGGUCAGCAUCUAUAUUCCUCCAAAUAUACCACCCUCAGAAGAAGACAUGGAGAACCCUAAUCACCAAACCACCAUUUCAACAACCUUUAGAUUUCAAAACUGCAGUUAUGUGCACUAUUCGACUCUAACUAGACUCCAUCACUCCAUUCAUAUCUUUGAUGGCCCUAGUGUAUGUAUGUAUGUAUUUCCGUUUACUACAAUAUAAGUUUUGUUGUUGUAUCACUACUUGUACCAUUGUACAGCAUGUUGUGUUGUCGAAUCAAUCAUAAAGAAAAUGUAUGUUUGCUUCAUGUUA